AUGGAGCAGAGCUGCGCUGCGCGUACUGCGCCCGCUCCACCCGGUUGCGCACCGCCACCACCACUGCUGGCGCUGCCAGGCCGCGGGCGCUCGUGGCGCUCUCCACCCCUCCGCACACGGGCGAGCGGAAGAGACAGGGGCGAGUGGCGGACACUGGAAGUGAUGGUAAGGGAGAGGGGAGGAGGGAGAGGGGAGGAGGGAGAGGGGAGGAGGGGGAGGGGAGGAGGGAGAGGGAACAAGGAAGUUGGGCAACAGGGGAGUGAGAAGGUGGGGAGUGAGAAGGUGGGGAGUGAGAAGGUGGAAGUGAGAGGAAAGGCUGCUAUGCCAGGAACUCCAAGCCAUGGCAUGAUGGAGCAGAGAUGUGCUCCACCAGGCUGCGCACUGCCACUGCUGAGGCGGGUAGUCCGUGGGCGCUCUCCACCCCUCCUGCGCAUACUGCACCUCUCCACUCCGCCUGACACUGGCGAGCGGAAGAGACCGGAUCGAGUGGCGGAGACUGGAGGAGAGGACAUGGGAGGGGAGGAGGAGGAGGAGGAGGAGGAGGAGGAGGAGGAGGAGGAGGAGGAGGAGGAGGAGGAGGAGGAGGAGGAGGAGGAGGAGGAGGAGGAGGAGGGGAAGGGGAAGGGGAAGGGCUUGUUGGAUGAUUGUGGGGAGGGGAGAAGGGCGGAGGGGAGGGGAGGAAAGGAAAAGCUACCUCGCUCACCCGCCCUCCACGCGCCACUGCCAUUCACCCGCUCUCACCAUCCCCUCUCACCCGCCCUCAGUGCGCCAUCCCCUUUCACCCGCCCUCCCUGCGCCAUCCCCUUUCACUCGCCCUCCCUGCGCCAUCCCCUUUCACCCGCCCUCCCUGCGCCAUCCCCUUUCACCCGCCCUCCCUGCGCCAUCCCCUUUCACCCGCCCUCCCUGCGCCAUCCCCUUUCACCCGCCCUCCCUGCGCCAUCCCCUUUCACCCGCCCUCCCUGCGCCAUCCCCUUUCACCCGCCCUCCCUGCGCCAUCCCCUUUCACCCGCCCUCCCUGCGCCAUCCCCUUUCACCCGCCCUCCCUGCGCCAUCCCCUUUCACCCGCCCUCCCUGCGCCAUCCCCUUUCACCCGCCCUCCCUGCGCCAUCCCCUUUCACCCGCCCUCCCUGCGCCAUCCCCUUUCACCCGCCCUCACUGCGCCAUCCCCUUUCAUCCGCCCUCACAGCGCCAUCGCUUGCAGCGUUCACCAGCGGCGCCGCCCCCGCAUCCGCUUCCCCCGCCCCCCCUGCAGAAGCUGCGCGCCACGCCCUCCGCCUGUAA